AUGGAGUGUUUAAAUUCAGUUCCUGUUGACAAAUGUUGUUUAGUUGUACAAAUGCCAACAGUUGAAGAAAUGAAACGUGAAGUUGCUAAUAUUACAUGUGAAAUGCAAUCAGUUUAUAUUGACAAUGCAAUUGUAUUACCAUCAUCAGAAGUGCCAACAACCAUUACAUCACAAGAUACCAUUACUACUACUGCUGCUACUACUGUUUUAGAUAAUAAUACAACUACUGAAAUAAAUUCAAUUAAUUCUAAUGUAAAUGAUAAAUCAACUAUGAAUUUAAAGACAAGAAACUAUGAUACAAAAUACGGUAGCAUGAAUCUUCCAUCUGACAAUGAUUAUCAACAACAUAAUUCACCUGAUUCUAGAUGGUCAACACUGAACAUUGAUGGUGAUUAUCAUAAUGAAAAUGAUAAUAUAGAUGAACAAACUGAUGGAAAUGAUGAAGUUGAUCAAUUUAAAUUAAAUCGUUUUGGUAGUAUGUUGGUAGAUCGAAAGAAAGCGAAUGAAAAUUCUUUUUCUAAAUUUAUUUCACCAUCAAUUAAUAGUACUUCAAGUUGUCCAAGAGAAGAACAAGUUUCCGAAGAAUUUAUUAUUAAUGGAAAGCGUUACAGACAAGUUUAUCAAAGGCGUAUUGUAUUAGAAAGAAAAACAACAAGAGACGUGUUUUUUCUUCCUGGAAGUAAUACUGAUACCGAAAUUCGACUACCAAGUAAAAAUCAAUAUGAGUAUAGAUCUCCACAUUAUGACGAACAAGUAUCAAGUAUGGUUUCAAAUGAACAGUCCACAACUAAGUCAAUUAGUUCAACUAAUGGACAUGUAAUAAAUAGACCUGGUCUAGAUCUCACCGUCUUACAUACAAAAAAUAACGCACAUAAUGAUGAACCUUGCCUCUCACCAGCAAUCGUUGUAAGGUCUGUUAAUGGUAGUAUGAUUAAUUAUAAGCACACUGAAAAUUCAAGUUGUUCACAAUGUACAACUUCAACUGAAGUUUCAUCCAAAUUAAUUGAUACUAUUAACCCAAUUGCUUUAACUCAACAAACAGAUAAUAUGGAACAUUUAAAUACAAAUGUAUCUGAAGUAAAUAGAUCUAGUUCCAGAGCACGAAAAAUAGUCCGCAGUCUAUCUAACUCACUUAAACGUUCUCUAUCUACUGGUAUUCAAAAUACACGAAGUUUAGUUAAAUCAAUACCAGGAAGGUCUAAAGAAACGGAAUCAGCUAAUCAACUCAAUAAAUCACGUACAUCGAUCAAUAAUGAUUUAUUAGUAGACACUUCAAUACAAGACAAGGAGUUUAAAAACAAUCACGAACUCAUUGAGCCAAAAUCAAAGCAAAUAAUGGGUUACAUGUAUAAAUUUGGUGUUUGGGAUGAUCAACAGCCAGUUUUAGAUCCACGUUUACCCGUAUUUUUGAAUUCAUCUAUUGAGAAUAAUUCACAUUUAAAUGGUACCGUUAUUCCUACUGCACCCGAAUGGCAUCAUGCAGAAGUUGGUUUAGAAAAUAUAGAAAAGUUUCAAGGAGCUUAUGUUCGUGGUCGCACAGUUGCUUGUUUGCAAAGAUUUACACAACAUAGUCCAGCUAGUGGUAAAGCAUUACAUAGGAGUACUUAUGUACAACAAACAAGACUAGUUCGUCAGCUUAAUCGAAGCGGUGAAAAGAAGAAAGGAGAUACUCUAAGUGGACUAAAUGAAAAUCUCCAAGGUAAAGUGUGUGAACAAGAGGAACAUACUUUUAGCUCGACCCCAAUACAUCUUACUGAUCCAUGUAUAUUUGAUAGUGAACAGUUAACCAAAUAUGAAAUGAAACCAAACUAUAAUAUUCAGUCAACAUCUGCAAAGUUUAUUCAGUGUUCAAAUGAUCGCCUACAAUUGUUACAAUCAAUUUGUCCAUCAGCGGCUGCUGCAACAAUUCUGUUGGGUAAACCUAUACGUGAUUCACACGAUAAUGAUGAUGUUAAACAAAAUAUUUUGACCAAAUCUAGUGACCUUGAUGAAACUCGUGUUCUGGUAACAGCAAACUCAUGGUGCCCAGUGUCAUUAAGAACAAAAGAUCCUGGAUCACAGUUAAUAUUCAAUUCCAUUUAUAAGGAUAAUAAUAACAAUACUCCUACAAAAACAAAUACACCAAAACAUUCACCGUCGUCUGUGAGCGUACCAGAACCUACAAUACGCGGUGGAACACUUGAUGGAUUGCUUAUAUAUGCAUUGAAUUUGUUACAGAUGCCUAUACCAACUAGUCAUCCAGAUUAUUUAUUUCCUGAUGUAAUUCGUUUGACAUAUCCAACAUUUACAAGUCCUGAUAAAAUAAUUGAACGUUUAAUUCAAAUUUAUGUUGCAUAUGCUCCUGUUGAACCGGGUUGUCAAAGUAAUGAUUGGAUUGACGCUUUAGCUGCUGCAGAUUAUUUAGUUAGUAUUGCAAGAGAUAUUCAUUCAAAACAAUUGACUGCUUCAUUAAUUCUCAAGCUUAAUCGAUUUGCACGUCUUCUUAUGUAUGAUAAUCAACUGAUUACAAAUGAACAAAUACAUAAAGAUAAUCAAAUUUCAGAUGAACCACAUCGUGUACUUGCUGAUCGAUUACUAGAAAAACUACCAAUUCUAUCAUCAAAACAAAAGUUGACAAAUUAUUCAAACAAAUUAAACAAUAUAAAUAACGACAGUGUUGAUUACAUUUCGACGAUAAGAAAUUCAACGGUAAAUAAAACUGAAUCAAAUAAUUCAUGGUCAAAACAACCGUUAGUUAUCAAUGAUUCAUUAACUGAACAAAAUAAUACAAAUUUAGGUGGAAUAAACAAUCAUAAUUCCGUACAAUAUUCAGCUUUGGUAAAUACGGACAGUAAAAUAUGCAUUUGUGAACCGCAAGAAGAUGCCAUACAAAGAGCUCAUGAAUUCCUUGAAUGUGAUGCACGGUUAAUUGCAGAAGAAAUAACUCAAAUCGAAGAAGAAAAAUUUGCUCAAAUUGAUUUUCAUGAACUACUAGAUAUUCAAUAUUUAGAAAAAGGUGAAGCUCAAACUUUAGGUAGAUGUGUUGAACAUUUUAAUCAAAUUACACGUUGGGCUAAAGGAAUGCUACUUAUAUUAGCACCGAAAAUAGUUGAAAAAUAUUCUUUAGUAAAUUUAUCAAAUCAUCAAAUAAAAAGUUCCAGUAGUAGAUCAUUGUUUAAUAAUUUACGUAGUCGUCAUACAUAUUCUUCUCUAAUUGUUCCAAAUAAUAAAAAUAAAAAUAAAGAAUAUGAUUCCCAAUCUGAUAUAGAAAUAACAAACAAUGUCAAUUCUACAAAUGAGGAUUUUAUAAAAUCGAAUUUAUUUAAUAAAAAUAUUAGUUAUUUAUUAAUACACCCUAAAAGUAUUUUAACAAAGAAAACUGUUUCAGUCAAUAUUAUGUUACAGAAAAUAUGCGAAAUCUUAAAGCAUCUAAAACAAUUACACAAUUUUAGUUCAUUCCUUGCAUUAUUGUUGGCUAUCCAAGAAUUACCUGAAUGUCUGCUUUCUAAGAAAUCAAAACAAUUGGUUGCUGGUUUUUCAUCUUAUAUGAAACCUCCGAAUUUCGGUGAAUAUCGACGAGACUUGGAAACAUCCGCAUUACCGUGUUUGCCCUAUUUGGGUUUAAUAUUCCAACAACUAAUUCAUCUACAUAUUGGCAAUCCAAUUCACCUGUCAACUUCACCAACAACAACAUUGUCUAAAAAUGAUAAAAUAGAACAUGAUAUUGAAUCUAUCAGAGAACAUGAUGAUUCUUCCCAGUUAGUGUUUAAACCACUGAAAAUGAUAACUACAUCACUGAAUACAAAUUCAACUGAUAUGAUCAACGUUUGGAGAUGUUGGAAACAUUAUAUGGUACUUGGUUAUUUUAUAAAACGAAAAGAAGGAUCUGUUGAAAACCUUCACCACUUUCCCCAUAAUCCUCAAAUUAAUCGUAUAAUUAAUGGAUUUGAAGAUCGAUUCAAUGACACAGCAUUAGAUAAAGCUAAAGAACAGUUAAUUAUUCUCCAACGUUCAAAACGAAAUAUUUUAUCAAAAUGA